CAGGAAGUUUUAGGAAACUCUAUACCCAAUCCCAAUGACCAUGCCACCCUUCUCUCCAUUUCAACAGGAACCCUUAAAAAAGUGUUCGUUUUGAAACGUCCUGUAUACGACACUUCUCACAAUGGAUUUUGCUGCCACUGUUUGAGGAAAAUUCAUCUCUAAGCAUCCUUGUUUUCCCUCCAACGCGCAGACGUAGAGUUUCCCAAGAUUUCAUCUUGGGUACGUUUUCCGGCACAUCCGCAGCGCGUAGCAGAGAAAAUCGUCAAUAAUUUUCCCAUUCAACGCAAUAAUUAGGGCUAAAUUUUCUUUGUAGUGUAGCGAAAAUUCUACAGGUUGUCCCAAAAAAUUACAAUCAUAAAAAAAACAAGAAUCAAGACAGAUUGUGUCUAAUAUUUUGUGGAUUUAUAUCCAUAGUGUUUCUCUAAGAUAUUCAGAAAUCCAUAAAAGUGGCUAGGUUUGAGGGUAAGCUGUUCUCUGCAGUGAAUAAUUUUUUUACGACGUCACCAUUGGUGAAUCACAUCAAAGAUUUGAUGACAAAGCAGAACAACCAUUCCGAUCAGCCAGAUGGGGUACAGAGUUUCAGGAAAAUCGAGGAUAAUAGUACAAACAAUAUCCAAGCGAAGAAAAAUGUACCAGGAGAGGAAAAAGCUCAAAACACCACUCACAUAUCUUCGAAGUUAAGCAAAGUCUCCAAAAGCCAAAUGAAAGAGUUCAGAGAAGCUUUUAGACUCUUCGACAAAGAUGGAGACGGCAGUAUUACCAAAGAGGAACUAGGCAGAGUCAUGAGAUCUUUAGGACAGUUUGCAAGAACUGAAGAACUACAACAAAUGCUUCAAGAAAUCGAUAUCGAUGGCGAUGGAAAUGUAAGUUUCGAAGAAUUCAUUGACAUCGCCUGGUCUGCCGGGGCUGGAACAGGUUCUGACCAGUUACUAUCUAGAGAGGAGGAAGAAAAGGAACUAAGGGAUGCUUUUAGGGUGUUCGAUAAGCAUAACAGGGGUUACAUCACAUCGUCAGACUUAAGGGCAGUGUUGCAAUGUUUGGGCGAAGAUUUAUCAGAAGAAGAAAUCGAAGAUAUGAUCAAAGAAGUUGACGUAGAUGGUGAUGGUCGCAUUGAUUUUUAUGAAUUUGUAAAUGCUCUGGGCGAACCUGGGAACGAUGACAGCUACGACGAAGACGAUGAAGAAUAUUCCGGAUAUUAGAAGAAUUUUAAAAUCAAUUUUAAAGUCAUAUCAGAAAAAAAUGUAUCAAAGAAACUUUAUAUCAUCGUAUUUAAAUGUUUAUAAUCCUAUUACUUGGAUGUAUAUUGUUAAAUGUUACGAAAUUAUACGUAUGUUAAGGGCGUGUUCACAUAAUAUAUAAAAGUCACGUAGUAGAAAUUCUACUUAGUAAUAUAUACAGCAUUAUUAAGAACUUUAUUAAUGUUGCCCCCCUAUAUUUGA